AUUCAGAGCACCCAUCUCUCUCUCUCUCUCUCUCUCUCUCUCUCUCUCAAAAAAGAAAGUUGAUCAGAGGAGAUUCAGAAUGGUGGAAAAAUAGUAUAUUUUCAGCCUCACGUUUUCACACACCAAGUCCCGAAGUCCUAAGUCCCCCCACCUAGAAAACACAACAAGUACUGUCUCCACUCUGUCGCUCUCUUCGAUCAGAGGGAGAGAGAGAGAGCAAGUGUUUCAAACACAAAAUGCCAACUUGGGUUCAGCACUGAAAAAACGACUACACUUUGAGCCAAGUCCCAAAUCCCAAUCCCAAACUUUCAAUACUUUGGCGUUGAAGGAUGCACGUUACAACCUGCUGAAGCUGAAACGUCGUCGCUACGUUAGUAAAUGCUCUCUGUUCUGCUCUACAACUGCAUAAUGUAUGUGGUUUAGCUGGCAGUGUGGUGGAUCCGAAACUCCGAGGUUCACUCGCUGUCGCUGUCUCUCUCUCUGGGGUUUGUGAAACUCAUGUCUUUUCUCUCCAUUUCUUGUGUUUGCGCUCAACCCCGACAUUGUAUUUCGGGGUUUAAGGCACAUUACCGGGAAUCCCGCUUCUUCUUGGGGCAAUUUGUGUUGCUAUUAACAUUUUGUACCCCGCUUUCAUAGUAUAUUAGUUUUAAAUUUGCUCCUGGAAGUUGGAAGCCCAUCCAAUUAGGUCUUUAUCAACUUAAGGGUAUUUGAUCUUUAAGUAAUGGAACAUGCCGCCACAAGACCCUCUAAACCAUCCUCAAACAUAUCCGAAAUUGUGUCCAAAUUUGCAAAAGUUUGUAAAUUGAGAUCCAUUGGUGUCAUCUCCUCUGAAAAUGCUAACCAGAAAAACCACCACCAUCACAAUUACCACAACCCAAAUAACAUUACUUCCUCAUUGGGUGAGGAUAGCAGCGAUGCAACUGAGGAGACAGAAUGUUAUGGAGAGAAGGUUCAUCCUCAGCCAGUUGAAGUUUUGGGAAGAAGUAAUGUCUGUGCUGACGGGGAGAUUAUGAAGUUAUUUGAUAGAGUUUCAGCGCUGAAAUUGGCUUAUGUUCAGCUUCAGGAGGCCCAUAUUCCCUAUAAACCAGAAAAAAUUAUGGCUGCUGAUGAACUUGUUGUGGCUCAGCUUGAAGUGCUUUGCAAGAUUAAGCAUGCAUACAAGGAGAAGAAAGUCACAAACAAAGCUAAGCUUGAUUCCUCUGCAUGCAGUCACUUGCAAGUGGAAAUUGAAUCUAGUGAGAGGCUGUUGGAAGACUUGAAGUCCCAAGUCAAUGUUAAAGACGUUGAGAUUCUUCGCUUGAAACAAGAGCUUCAGGAGUUGGAGGUGGCAAAUGUGGGACUGGUAGAGAAGAUGAGUCAAAUAAGUAUGGAGAAGAAGAAUGCAAGGGUUUUGAGCAUAACUCUGGAAGAUGCUUUCAAAGCCUCUUCUAAGUCCAUCCAUGAUUUUUCAAAGCCUUUAAUUAGCUUGAUGAAAGCUUCAGGUUGGGAUCUAGAUCUGGCAGCGAAAUCGAUUGAAGAUGCAGUUGUUUAUUCCAAAAGGUCCCACAAGAAGUAUGCAUUUGAAGCCUACAUAGCGAGGAUAAUGUUUUUUGGGAUUUCAUUUAAAUCCUAUGAUAUAGAUGCUGUUAUGAGGUUUGACGAUCCAAUUGACACUCUUACAGAAUAUCCGAAUUCAGAUUUUGCUGAAUUCUGCAGAAAAAAGUAUCUAUUGGUUGUUCAUCCAAUGCUGGAAGUGUCAUUCUUUGGCAAUCUUGAUCACAGGGCAUUUUUGUUGAGUGGCAAGCAUCCCAGAACACUGUUCUACCAUAUAUUUGCAAAGAUGGCAAAGUGGGUCUGGGUUUUACAAGGCAUUGCAGCCUCAAUAGAUCCUCAGGCAAAAAUAUUUACCGUUGACAGAGGAAGCAAAUUCUCAGAUGUUUAUAUGGAAUCUGUUGAGGAUUUGGAAGGUGCUACUGUGGCUGAUCAAGAACAAGUUAUUCCCAGAGUUGAGCUUAUGGUCAUGCCUGGUUUUAAAAUUGGAGAGUCAUUCAUGAGGUCUCGGGUGUAUCUUUCAGAUCUGAGAUAAUCACAUGGUAAAUGCUGGAUGGAGGUGCUUGGACAAAUUUUUAACAUUCCAGAACCUAGUGAGCUCUUAUUUCAAAAUGCUGGUAUUUCGCUUAAGGUAGUCGAAAGCUGUUAUUGGAGUUUUUGAAACUGUAUCUUGUAGCAUAUGGUGCAAUUUUACAUACAAUCUCAAAGUUUGUACUUCAAAGUUUAUUGAGUAAUGUUGGUUACUUUCUGAAUUGUAGAUAGAUAUCAUCUUAAUGAUGCCAUUAUUUUUCAUUUUUUUAUCUGCUAGUUGAAGCCAUCAAAUGUGAUUAAUUUAUCGGAACCUACCGAACAACUCAAUUCAACUUGGAAGUAUGGCUCCUUUCGUUGAUUUAGUCUGUUUAUCUGUCGGUAUGGCUCUGUGAACUAUUAAUUCAGCAUGGAACAAUGGCUUGUUGUGUCUUACUGAUCACCAUCUUGUGAAUAGGUCGUCAAUUAU